AGAAGGUGGCGUAUUAUUCGAAAACGAUGACAGUGACAUCUAACCCCUUUGGGCGAGCAAGCGUGGCUAAUCAAGGCACCAAAAGAAAGAUGAGCAGUUCGGAGGAGGUGUCAUGGAUUUCCUGGUUUUGUGGACUCAGGGGCAAUGAAUUCUUCUGUGAGGUUGACGAGGACUACAUUCAGGAUAAAUUUAACCUGACAGGACUGAAUGAACAAGUGCCACAUUAUCGUCAGGCUCUCGAUAUGAUUCUCGAUUUAGAGCCAGAUGAUGAUUUAGAUGACAACCCAAACCAGUCGGAUUUAAUUGAUCAGGCAGCGGAGAUGCUUUAUGGGUUAAUACACGCUCGUUAUAUCCUGACAAAUCGGGGAAUAGCCCAGAUGAUUGAAAAAUACCAGGCCGGCGAUUUUGGUCAUUGUCCGCGUGUCUAUUGUGAAUCACAGCCAAUGCUGCCAUUGGGCUUAAGUGACGUUCCCGGUGAGGCAAUGGUCAAGAGUUAUUGUCCAAAAUGCAUGGAUGUAUAUACGCCAAAAAGUUCACGACAUCAUCAUACAGACGGUGCUUAUUUUGGAACGGGAUUUCCACACAUGCUGUUUAUGGUACAUCCGGAAUAUCGACCAAAGCGGGCAACAAAUCAAUUCAUACCGAGAUUAUACGGUUUCAAAAUUCAUCCAAUAGCUUAUCAGGCUCAACAGCAGUCAGCAUCGACGUUUAAGGCUCCAUUACGAGCACUGAAUUACAACAAUGGAAAGCGCUAAGGAACCUCUGAAAAAAAAAUAGUUUAGAAAUCAUCUUUACACGACUUUUAAAUGCAAAUCUUAAUUUCGUCCCGUAAGUCUUAAAUAAAAUAUUAUUUUUUAUAUGUCUAUCGUCUUUUAGAGACACAGAAAAAAAAAACAAACAAAGCCACCCAUAAUUUUUAAAUUAUUUUAUUUUUUCGAGGGACUCUUUUUCUUUUUCAUCACUCUCUCUCCAUUUACUGUCUUCUUUCCGUUUAUAUAUCAAAUCAAAUUUUUAAAAAAGCAAGAAAAAGAAAAUGGAGAGUAGCGAAUAUGAAAUUCAUAGUCGUUAAGUGCCCUACUGAUUGUAAACAUUGGUAUUAGAGACAAAAUCCUUCUUUAAAUCGAAGGGGAAAUUUGUUUAAUACGCACGACAAUGAAUCAUUGUCUUAAAAAAAAAGAAACAAACAAAAAAAUGGUAAAAUACAUAGAAUAAUAAUGACGAGAUGUGAAGAUAUAAAUCUAGAAUGAUAUCUAUACGGAGUCCCAACGCGUUAUUAUUAUUGAUUGCUGCCAAGUAGUUCCUAAAGCUCAAGAGCACUUUCUUAACGAAAGAAUUUAAAAAAAAAAAAAUGGGAAUAGUGGAGCGUAGGUAGCACGAAGUCCAGAUUAAUUUCCCAGGUCGAAAGGCGGUGUAUAAAAAAAAAAGAAAAAUGUUAAGCAUAAUUUAAUUUAAUCAAUUAAAUAAUGAAUGUGAAUUGCGACAGAAGCGAAUUGUUGUGUAGUUUCAUAGAUUUCAAAGACCGAAUUUCACGCAAAGGGAAAAAGAAGAGAAAAAAACAUCUAUUAUAAAUUGAAUUACUUAGAGGUAAAUUUUUUUAUUUUAUCGCCACGCGUACUCUACUACUUUAUUAUUAUUAAUUGUUUUUUUUUAUUUUUGUUUCUGUAUAAUAAUUUUUUUAAUUCCAAUUGUUCAAAAAAAAAAAAAAAUACCCUGAUUAUAUAAGUUGUGAUCUUAUUGUAAGAUGAGGCGAAAAACAAAAGUAAAAAAAAAAGAAGUUACAAUCACUUUUUUUUGUAGAGAAAAAUAUCACAUGAUUAUAAUAUAGAAUUUCUGAUACAAAGUGAAAAGAAACUCCUUUUUUAAAAAUGGGCUUUAUUAUAAAUACAAAAAUUGUUUUUUUUUACCAAACGUCUUUUUUUUAUUAAUGAUUCGAAUUAUUUAAUUCGACUAUGUAUUAUACAUUCAUACGAUCUAAUAAUUAAAAACAUAUGACUUAUUUAAA